AUGCCCAUAUUCCCAGAUGCAUUUGUUCCUGAGGUCCUGUCAACGGAAUCUGCUGUGUCUGUUGUGCCUGCAGUUUUGAGGUGUGUCUGGGCUGUGCACUGCACUUUCACUCUGGAGGCCACGGGCAAGAUAGCAGUCACACCCAGGCUUUCAGCACUGCCUGCACCUCCAUGUUGUCCAGCCCUGCCUGUGCCCCUAUGGGGUCCAGUCUUGCCUGCCACGCCCAGGCUUACAUCCCUCCCUGCCACCCCCAGGCUUUCAGCUCUGACUGCCAUGCCCAAGCUUCCAUCCCUGACUGCCACACCCAGGCUUACGUCCCUCACUGCCACCCCCAGGCUUUCAGCUUUUCCUGCCACGCCCAGGGUCCCGGCACUGCCUGUCAUGCCCAGGGUCCCGGCACUGCCUGUCAUGCCCAGGGUCCCGGCACUGCCUGCCACUCCCAGGGUACCAGCUCUGCCUGCCAUGCCCAGGUUUCCAGCACUGCCUGACAGGCCCAGGUUUCCAGCACUGCCUGACAGGCCCAGGGUUCCAGCCCUGCCUGCCACCUCAAGUGUUCUAGCCCUGCCUGCCACGCCCUGGCUUCCUGCUUUGCCGAGUUGGCCUCUUCACCACGGCCCAGGUCCACCUCUGCUCCACGGCCCACGCCCACCACCAGGUUCUAUUUUCCUUCCUGGGCCUGGCCCUCUAUCCCUGCACCUGUUCGGCAUCUGCUCUGCCACCCUCCUGAACAUUUCGGAUGCUUUUGUUGGGACUGGAACUCCAGUAACUUUAGUUGUUUUUCCUUCAGAUGAGGUUCGCACAGGUACAUAUCGCCAGUUGUUCUAUCCCGAGCAAUUAAUCUCGGGCAAAGAAGAUGCUGCUAAUAACUACGCCCCAGGUCAUUACACUAUUGGUAAAGAGAUCAUUGGCCUGGUGCUGGAUAGAACCCGGAAACUGGCUGAUCAAUGCACUGGCCUUCAGGGAUUUCUCAUUUUUCACAGCUUUGGUGGUGGUACUGGCUCUGGCUUCACCUCCCUAUUGAUGGAGCGUCUCUCCGUAGACUAUGGCAAGAAGUCCAAGCUUGAGUUUGCCAUCUAUCCACCUCCUCAAGUGUCCACAGCAGUGGUGGAGCCCUACAACUCCAUACUGACCACCCACACCACCCUGGAGCACUCUGACUGCGCCUUCAUGGUAGACAACGAAUCCAUAUAUGACAUUUGCUUUAAAAACCUGGACAUUGACCGGCCCACUUACACCACCCUCAACAGGCUCAUUGGCCAGAAAGUGUCUUCCAUUACAGCCUCACUGAGAUUCGAUGGAGCUCUCAAUGUUGAUCUCACCGAAUUCCAGACUAACUUGGUGCCCUAUCCACGUAUUCAUUUCCCUCAGGUGUCCUGUGCUCUGGUUAUCCCUAUUGAGAAGGCGUGCCAUGAGCCGCUUUCUGUAGCUGACAUUACCAAUGCCUGCUUUGAACCAUCCAAUCAGAUGGUAAAGUGUGAUCCUCGUCAUGGUGAAUAUAUGGCCUGUUGUCUUCUCUACUGUGGAGACGUGGUGCCCAAAGAUGUCAACUCCGCCAUUGCUGCUGUUAAGACGAAACGCACCAUUCAGUUUGUGGACUGGUGCCCCACUGGUUUCAAAGUGAGCAACAACUACCAGCCCCCAACUGUGGUACCUGGUGGAGAUCUGGCUAAAGUUCAGUGGGCUGUGUGCAUGCUGAGCAACACCACAGCCAUCGCUGAGGCCUGGGCUCGACUAGAUCACAAGUUUGAUCUGAUGUACGCCAAGAGAGCCUUUGUGCACUGGUAUGUAGGGGAGGGCAUGGAGGAAGGAGAAUUUUCAGAGGCCCGUGAAGAUUUGACAUCAUUGGAGAAGGACUAUGAAGAAGUGGGCACAGAUUGCAUUGGGGAUGAUGAUGAAGAUGGAGUGGAAUUUUAA